CAACCUUGAGCCUUGGCGAGAUUCGAACCUGCAGUAAUUGCAGGCAGCUGGUCUUAAUAACAGGGUGCCUUAGACCACUGUACUACCAAGGCUCUUUCCCCCCACCUUCCCCCUAACUAACUUUGGUUGAUGUUCACACAGUUUACAAGUUAGCUUUCAUUCACCAUCGUGAGCACUUUUAUUUAUAAAUUUUACAUUGAAAAAAAUUAUGUAUGGGGCAGUCAUCACUUCAGGUGGGUCUAGUUAUAUUGCUAGAAAUGAAGCAGUGAUUUUAUUUUUUUUUAAAAAAAGGUUACUUUGUAAGAUGCUGGUAUGAUGCAUAUUUAAAUGUACCUUUGAUCCUGAUCUUCGUUGACUCCAAUGAAAAGAACAAGCUAUGCUACUUGACUUUGCACCAACUCAUAAAUUCCACCACUAGCGGUAAACUAAAGAGUCCCUCUUUGAGGGAGGUGGGCAGUCCAGAUAUACAAAACAAGAAACAAACCUUUAUUUACAUGUUCCUAUUGCUCCCCCUUCCAACUUUUGAAAAUUACAAAACUUAACUUCAUAUUGAGUGUUGUUCUAAAUAGAUUUGCAUUUUGAAAUCAUCUUUGUUUAUUACAUAAAUCUAUUUAUUUACAAAUGUCCUUUAUUUACCUGUUUCUCCCUCUUCCACCACCCCCCUCCUUUAAAAGAAAAACAAAGCUAGCUUCGCCUUGUAAGUUCUGGAUAAGUUUGCUUUUCAAAAAAAAAAAAAAAUCCUUUUGUUUAUUUCCAGAAAGCCACAUGCAGCUUUGCAAAAUCUCCACUAGGAGGUAUUUUUUAUUUAAGAAAAAAAAAUACUUAUCAAUGCUGUUGGCUCCCGCUUCUCUUUCUGCAUGUGGUACCACGGGAGCGAAAACAGCCUCUUGAGCACUCCACGAAUCUGGUGAUUGAUGGGCUGCGGGGCUGGAGGAGAAGAGAAGGAUGAGGGGCUUUGGGCCACCCACGUGGAUCAAAGGAGCUGGAUAGAGAGCAAGAUAGAUGGGAUCUCCAAUGCGUGCCAGCCCAUUGGACUGGAAAACGGAGCCAACUCGCCAGCUGAAUGGUUCCCGUGCAGCCAGGGUCCAGGGUUGCGGCCACCCAACAGCGAAGUGGACGGCAGCGAGAGGAACUUCCGGGUGAAUCUUCACUGCAAGUAUGGGCGGCCCAGAGAAUUCAAGUGUAACAGCAGGAGCAGCAAAACAGAAGGCAGCACAUUUCCAGAUGUCCAUCCAAGCAAUUGUUCCACCAAGAGGCAUGCAAGUGAAGAUGACUUGAGGAAGCGGCUGAAAUCCCAGGGGUCACCAGUACUGUCAACCGGAGGUGCUCUGCACAGCACUUCCUCUUCUGAUUACAUCCAAGAGCCAAAGUUCUAUCAGUCAGGACAUCCUGGGCAAAAGACAUCGGUGUGCCUGGCAGAGAAAGCCUUGCCAUAUAGCAUGCUCAGCUUCCCAGAAGGUUCUUGCACUGUAUUAAGUCAAGAGCACAAAUCUAGCUCCUUACACCAUACAGAGGCGGCCGAGCGGUACAAAAGUCUCCAUACCCAGAGCGGCGUCAAGUCGGAAGACUUGCUGGCAUCCAGUGUUCCUGCCUGCCCUGCUGACGUCCAAGACUUGGAGGAAACCGCCACACAAGACAGAGCUGCCAAAACUUUCUCCAAUGCCACCUUGGCCUCGGGGAGGUGUAACAUCGAUAGCAUCAUCUCCCUGUUGAAAAGCAAGUGUGGCAACGGCAGAAUCAACCUCUACCCUGUGGUGCAGCUCAUAGACAUUAUGAAGGACAUUGACCGACUCUCCCAGGACUUGAAGAGCUGCGGUGUUCACUUAGACUGCAGUGGCUUGCAAUUUGAUAGCCAUCUGCCGCUUAGUGAGGAAGGCCGGGGACAAGGUCUUCAUUAUAGCUUCUACUCCUCCCCCAUGCUGGCCAACAGCAUCCGCAGUCCCGAGGAGCUGGCAGUACAAAGCAGCACCAAAGCUGAGCUCCUCAAACAGACUCAACCUAGCCAUUAUGCGGGAGAAACAGAAGGGGACACUCGAGGUGCCCAGGACCAAAUCAGCCAGAGCAGUCCUGUUCUGAAGGUUCCUAGUAGCCUUGAUGAAGCUAGCAGCUCAGAGUCUGAGACGAAUGAUUAUCCUGAGCUAACCAAUACAGAUAUCCUGAGCGAACUGGCUUCUCUGGCCUGUCCGGGACCUCAGUUAUUAGAUCAGCAUUCGGAUUCCCACCGUCAGCUGCUAGAAAGCCAAGGGGCUGAGUCAAGGUCUCAGUUAAUUGGCUCACAGUCUCUAGAACACCAGCCCCAGCUAGUCGAUUCUAAGUCUCUGGAGCCGCCUCCAGAACCGUUGGCCCUGCAGACAGUGGAUCCCUUGCCUGCACCACUGGGGCUGCAACCUCUAGAACCUCUGGAGCUUCAGACUUUAGAACCUCUUUCUGAGUCACUAUCACUCCAGUCCCUAGAACCCCUUUCUGAGCCUCUAGGGCUCCAGUCUUUAGGGACCCUGGACCACCAGUUGCUUGAUUCCCAGUCCCAGCUCCUGGAUGCAGAGGCCCAGCUGCUUUCCCCUUUGCCCAAGUUGCUAGACUCUCAGCCCCAUCUGGGAAGACAGGAGUCUUCAGGAGAACACUCGCUACAACCUGGAGCCCGCCUUGGAGGCUGCUCCUUAAGAGGAGUAGUAAGGAGAGGGGCUGGGCGGGGAAGGGAUGAUCACAGGAAAUACGCUCUACGGAGAACAGAUAAACCAAAGAUACUCUGUCGUCGUCGGAGGGGAGGCCGAGGCCAGCGAACAGAGAUUGUCACUGACAGCCAAGCCCUCCCCAUGGCUGUACCAGUGGAGGUGGUCAUGGCGCGGCCAGAAGAAGCCAGGAUGUCAGUGACCACCAUUACAGCAAAUGAAGUAGCAGAUCCCAUUGUUUCCACUUUGGAGUCAGAAGAUGGCCAGAAGGCUGCUGCCCUCCUGAAUCCCCCAAAGCCCAAAUGCCGUGGCAUACGUCGGAUGGUGGUAAAGAUGGCCAAGAUUCCCGUCUCUCUUGGGAGGAGGAAUAAGACGACGUACAAAGUGUCCUCCCUCACCAGUAGCUUGAAUGUAGAAGGCAAAGAGGUUGCCAUCUCCCAUUCUCUAGAGCCCACCCCACUGCUGAAGAUGAAGAACAAUGGCCGGAAUGUGGUGGUGGUCUUUCCUCCGGGAGAAAUGCCCAUCAUCCUGAAGCGCAAGAGGGGAAGGCCUCCCAAAAACCUGAUGCUUGGGCCCUGCAAACCUAAGGAGCCUGCCCCAGAAGUGAAGAAACGGAGGAGGAGGAAGCAGAAGUUGGCAUCCCCACAGCCCUCUUACGUUGCAGACACCAAUGACAGUAAAGCGGACUAUUCAGAUGUCCUGGCCAAGCUAGCCUUCCUCAACCGCCAGAGCCAGUGCUCCGCUCGUUGCUCCCCACCCCGCUGCUGGACCCCAAGUGAGCCCGACUCCAUCCACCAGGCUCCUGACACUCAGAGCAUCUCCCACUUUUUGCACCGAGUGCAAGGCUUCCGCAGACGAGGCGGCAAAGGAGGCGGUUUUGGGCGUGGAGGGAGCCAUUCCGCUCGUUCCUCCCGUUGCUCCUUCAGUGAUUUCUUCGAAGGCAUCGGCAAAAAGAAGAAAGGGGUUCUGGGGGCGGCCAUGCAUGUCGACCCCACUCAUCCCCGGAAGAGAGGCCGUUCAGAGCCAGACUCCAUGGAGAAGCCCAAAAGAAAGAGGCGAUCUCGCAAAAACGGGGUCUUGUUUCCUGAGCAGAACCCCAGCCAGAACUUCAGUGAUGGGUCCUCAGAAUGGUGUGGAGAAAAAGAGAGUCUUUGGAUGUCCCACCAAGGACACCUUUCCGGUCAAGCCAACCGGAAUUGCAGCUACCAAGGCAGCGAUUCCCGGACCUUCCACUCCUCAACCAUGGAGUCAAGUUCUUCAAGCCGAACUGGUUUUUAUGGGGGGAGCAGUUCCCAGUCUGAACUCAGCCAGGAAAGGCAGAACCUUUUCACGGGCUAUUUCCGUUCCCUGUUGGAUUCCGAUGACUCCUCUGACCUGUUGGACUUCGCCCUCGCCAAUUCUCGCUCGGCCUCACGGAAAUCCUCGACCACAUAUACAGCCCCGCCCAAUGCUAUUGCAACCCAGAGAGGCAUGGCGUCUUACUCAAGCCGGGGUGGGAAAGCCACGCCCUCUUCUACCACCACAACUGCCACGAGCGAGGUGCCCUUCCACACAGUCAGCCGGCAGUCGUUCCCUCCCAACAGAGCAACAGGCUACAACCUGUCCCAGGCUGCUUCGGAGUGCCGUGACCCAGAUGCCUUCCAGAAGCUGGCAUCUCUCUCGGCUGUCUCCAGGUCUCCCACUACUCACUCCACCACAGCCUCCAGCUAUGCACAAUAUGGCAACUAUGGCAGUACUGGAGGGCAAAGUGUGACUCCUGCCAGCUUGUUUCAGCAAGGGAAGUCCUACCACGCCACCCAAGACUGUCCCAACAACAAGGAUUGCAGCUUCACCUACGGCGGUGGCAAUAGCCUGCCCUCCUCCCCAAGCAGUGCCCACAGUGUCAGCUACACCCAGCAAACUUCAGGGCCCAGCAUGUCCCUGAGUAAGCCCUCUUUCUUCAACAGCUCCGAUCCCAGCCAGUUCUCCAGCUCCUCUCACACACCCAUGAGGUGUGACAGCCGGGCAAGCACUGUAUCGCCAGGGGGUUACAUGGUCCCUAAGAGUUCAAUCCCCUUCCAGCCCUCACCGGAGAACUGUAGGCAGUUUCCUAGUGCCUCUCAAUGGGCUUUCCGACAAAGCUAUGGCCUGGACUGGAACUCUGAGUCCUUCAGUCAACUCUACAACCCGGGCUUUGACUGCCACAUCAAUGAACCCAACGUCAUCCUAGACAUCUCCAACUAUACACCCCAGAAGGCCAAGCAGCAGACGGUCUCCGAGACCUUCUCCGAAUCCUCCUCAGACAGUACCCAGUUCAACCAGCCAUCAGGCUACAGGAGGGCCAACAGUGAGGCUUCGUCUAGUGAAGGGCAGUCCAGCCUCUCUAGCUUAGAGAAGCUGAUGAUGGACUGGAAUGAGUCUUCUUCAGCCCCAGGUUACAACUGGAACCAGAGCGUUUUAUUCCAAAGCAGCUCCAAGCCAGGACGGGGCAGGCGAAAGAAAGUGGACAUAUUUGACACGGCCCAUCUCAGUUUCUCCACGGGGGGCUACCCCUCCAAGAGAGGGACUGGUGCUCGGCAGCCACGGGGUUCCCGGGGCGCCUGCGCUUCCAAAAAAGAAAGAGGCACAGGCAAAGCUAAGUUCCCUACCAAAUCCCAGUCGGUGAACCCGCUGUUUCAAGACAGCACAGAUUUGGGACUGGACUACUACAGCGGGGACAGCAGCAUGUCCCCGUUGCCUUCACAGUCCCGGAGCUUUGGGCUCAGUGAACGCGAUCCUUGUGACUACACCGGGCCCUACUCCAUGAAUCCUUCCACGCCUUCGGAUGGCACCUUUGGGCAAGGGUUCCAGAGUGACUCCCCCAGCCUGGGGCAGACGGACUUGGAGAGCAAGCAUUUCCCCACCCUGCCCCACCAGCUGGCUGCCCCACCCUCUCAGCAGACGGUGUUCGAAGCCAGCUUGCAGAAAGCUUUCUCGCCCAACUGCUCCCCCACCCUGGCUUUCAAAGAGGACUUGCGGCCCAGUGACAUCCGGAAGCUUCCGGCCUGCGACUCGCUCAAACAUGGCAUCGCCGGGGUGGCCGGCUUGGCCCACUCGGCCGCCCACAUGGCCUGCCGGGACCUCUCCAUGUCUCAGCCGCACUAUGAUUCUCCCAGCUGUAAAAACCCCAGCUAUUGGUAUUCGCCCACUGCCAGCACCCGCAGCCCUCCCUAUGACAACAAAGCCGGCGUGAGCAUGCUGGUAGACUUCAUGGGGAGGAGCCCCGAGGCUUCUUGCCUCAACCCCCAUUUGACCAGUCCCCCCAGCAGCAACCCUUCCAAGAGCGAGAAGGAGCCCAUGGACAUGGCAAGGGCUCAUCACCGAGGAGCCUAUAUUUGCCCCUUGAUGAAUGACUUAAAUAUCUCCCCGGUCCCGAGAGACUCGAUGCUGCCGCUGCAGGACAACUAUAGGUACCCCAGCUUUGCACCCCAAGGGCACCCAAUCAUGACCGCACCCCAGAAGAGCGGGUUUUUGGGUCCAAUGCUAGAACAGCAUCCCGAGGACACAUUCACAGUCACCUCCUUGUAGUGUCAUCUGAAGUGCCAACCAGACACGAGGUUUUGUUUCAGGAGCUACUUUAGCAGCACUUUUCUCUGGAACACUUUUCAAGUUCUGUAUUUAAUGGAAAUCAAAAACAAAACAAAACAAAAAGAAACCCCCACCGCACACGCACACACAAACACACACACACAUAGGACAAAAAAAAAAUCUUUUUGUUUGUUCCGCUCGUUUCUUGGUUGGUUCAUUUGCUUUUUUUUUUUCUAAGAAAACAAAAGAAAAGAAAAAAAAGAAAAGAGAAAAAGAAAGAAAAGAAGGAGGGGAAAGGAGACAGAGGCAAACACUCCCCCCCCCACAUCCCUCUCUUUAAAAACAAAGACAGAAAGGAGAAAAAAAAAAGAAAAUAUGAUGAAAAAAAAUCAAUAAGCUUGCUUUCUUUGAUAACGGCAAGGGGGGGGCAGUUUUUGAAGCAGACUGUCAGGAGCUCUCUCAACCAACAGCCCAGCAAAAAGACAAUCGAAAAUCCUUGCAGAUGCCUAAGUCAAGUGGCCGAGUGGAGGCCGCCAAGCCUCUCAGCACCCACCCAUCCACCCGCAGCAUGCAGGCGAGAAGUACUUCAGAAAGCAACGGACAGAAACCAAGAACUGCCAGAAGGAAGGGGACAUUCAUUUUUGCUUUUUUAAUUUUUUUAAUGGUGGGGCGGAAGGUGUUGGGGAGGGAAAACUGUGAUCUAUGAACGCCAAUGAAAACUCAUCAAAGAAGACUGAAGAUUGGGCAUUCUCUUCCUUCGUCAUCUCUUCCUCCUUUCCCUUAUGUCUCCCUCCUUUUUUUUUUUUUUUUUACAUUUUUUUUAUUUUUUUUUUUUUCUUCCCAGUGGUUGGUUGGUUGGUUUGCCUUUUUUUUUUUCCUUUACAAAAAAAAAAAGAAAAGAAAAAGAAAAAACUUUGUUGCUUAAUUUCUUUGGGGAGCCCAGAAGAUUUUACAAGUCUAUGAAUCAAUCUCGGAGACCACCACCUUCUCCCAUUUCUGUUACCCAAAGGAAGAAGAUUCCUGUCUGCUCACCACCCCCUUUGUUAUAAGCAUGCAACAGACCUGCUCCUUGUGACCUGUUUCUUUGCUGGAAUGGGGUGGGAGAACAAGGAGAGAUCUACCAGCGAAGAUCGCCAUCACCACCGCGACCAUCACCACCGACCAAGAGAUUCCAGCAAGACCAUGGAAGACUUGCAUCGCCUUUUGGGGCGCUCUCCCCACACUCUCUUGUGUGGCCCCAGCUCCUCUGUUACUGCUCCUCUCUGCCCCCUUAGUGCCGGAUGGAUCUGACUGGGAGAAGCUCACAAACAUGUCUUCUCCAUUGGAAGCAAGGAGGGAGGGCGGGAGGGUUGAGGGAAACGGGCCUUUUCUAUCUGCACAAAACCAGCAAUUGUAAAUACUUUUCAAAAAUGUAAAAAAAGAAAAAGAAAAAAAAAUUACAAAAGAGCAAACACCAUGAAGAUGUAUCCUCCCAUACAUGCACACACACACACAUACAUUCAAAAUCUGAAAUGUUUUGAAGACAAAAAUAAUAAUAAUAAUAAUUAAUAAUAAUAAUAAUGGAGAAAAAAAAAAGGUGGCCAGAGAGUCAAAGCAGGAGAGAAGCUAAUUGUGUCGGAUAUGCACUGAGAAAUCUUAUUUGCAGAUUGACAAAAAAAAAACAAAAACAAAAAAGUAACAAGAACCUAUUUAUUGUAUAUAAUGUUUUAUUAUAAAUCGUGAAUUGUAUAUUGCAUCUGUACAUCUGCUGUGGUUUUGUGAUGUGCAAAUUUCAGCAUGGGUUUCUCAUUGAGAGUUUUCAGUUGCUUUUCUAUUGUUUGGGGGAGUUUUGAAACAAAAAAAAUAUUUUGUUUUGGGUUGGUUUUUUUCUUUGUUUUGUUUUGUUUUGGCAGGACACACCCAAAGACCCAAGUUUGUAUUAAAAAAAAAAAGAAAAAAACUAGGGAAAAAAAUAGACAAGCUAAUACACCCUUUCGUUGAGGAAGGGGAGGGGGGAGAGGGAGGAGGGGAGGGGAGGGAACGAAGUUUUCUUGAGUUCUCAUUGGCCACCUGUAAGCCCAAAUGAGUACAGUAUUCCUUUCCUCCGCGUGCGCCCUUUUAUGCCAGUGCUGAGCUCAGGGUGUGUGCGUGCGCGUGUACGCAUGCGUGCGACUCCCCCCCACCCCCCCAAUCCCACCCUUUUCCCCUCUCCUCCCCACCCCGCCUUUUGUCCUGCUCUCUAUUUCCCUCCUUUUCCUGUUUUGGAAACUUCCGUACAGCUUUGUGGAUCGUGCAGAAAAAAAAAAAGAGAAGAAAAAAAAAAAGGAAAAAAAAAAAGAAUAAACCCCAUCCUGUGUUGUCCAUUUGUGCAUCUAAAUAUACCAGCCUUGGUAGUUGCUUGGAGACGAAACACACUCAAAUCCUCCGGAUUGGCACCAUCUGAGCCGCCGCCGCCGCCGCUGCUGCUUGCUUGAUUCCUCCUCUCUCCCUGGCCAAAAAAUUUGUCUUCGUCCACCCCCCGAAUCCCCCCCCCUCCCACCACCGCCACUUUUUUUUUUCUUCUUCCCCUUCUUUUACUGCUCCCUCUCCCGCACCCCAAUUGGUCUUUUUGUGUAUUUAGGAAGGAAUUUUUAAUAGACACUUUUUUAUAUUAAAAGAAACCUAUAUAUUGAGUGACGAGCUUGCCUCGUGUGCUUCUGUUGGCCGUUGGAAUGGAUGCUGCUGGGGGGGGGGGAGGAUUUCGGGGUGGGGGGAGGUUAAAAUGGCUUCGCAGCGGGGGUCCCCGCUCUUGGCUGCGCCCCGGGACGGAUGGGAAGCCGAGCUGCUCGACGCUGCCAAUCCAGAAGACCCCCGAGCUCGUGGAGUUCGCACCACGCGGAAAACCAGCCAGACGCAACCCCAAAUAUUCCCCUUUAUCUGCCUUCGAAAGGCCUUCCGAUGCUGCUGCAGUGUGUAGAGAACCACAAAGAUCAGAAUUGUGCAAGCGAUGCUAUUCCCUGUGACGCUCGUCUAUGGAAAUGAAAGUUGGGCUUUGAAGAAGCAAGCUAUAGGAAGGGUAUUGAUGUGUUUGAACUUUGGUGUUGGAGAAGCUCCUGAGAAUACCAUGGACAGCCAAGAAGAAACAAGCCUGAUCAUUAAACAAAUCUAAUCAUUGAACAGAACAACCCAGAGUUCUCACUUGGGGCACGAAGGACCAGGCUCAAAUUAUCUCCUUCGGACACAUGAUGGGAGGAUCUAGCUCUCUGGAGGAGGCUCUAAUGCAGGAAAAGUGGAAGGCAGAAGAAUAGGAGGAGGACCAGCAGCGAGGUGGAUGAACUCAGUUACAGAGACGAAGGGGAAACCACUGGAAGAGCCGAAGGACCAGACUAGUAACAGAUCGUCAUGGAAAAGCUCUAUGUGAUCACGAAGAGUUGACGAUGACUUGAUGGUGCGUAAUCAAUCAAAUCAACCACAGAUCCUGAGAUCCUCAAACACACAAAAGUAAGCAAUCAGGUGUACGGGUCUAGCCAAGAUGUAAGUGUCUUGUAAUGACUAAGUGAGCCUAGGUCACAACAGUUUGCCUUUGAAUUCAUUACGGUUUACUUCAGAACAGGCAUGCAUAGGCAUACAUUGUUAGUCCCUUGUUUUGGGAUAAAAAAACCUCUGCAGUUA